AUGGCAAAGACACUAAUGAUGGAGUUAAUGUUCCAAUGAGUCAAAGUGAACCAUGGACGAUUUUUGCCCACAAGAAGCCUCAGAAAGGGCGGAUAGCCUAUAAUCCACGAAUCAUGAGGCCUCCACCACUUACAGGAGAUACUAUAUGUAUGAAGCUAAUGUCUUGGAAUGUAAACGGGCGGAGAGCGCUGCUGAAGUUAGAGGGGUUCUCUGCUCUUGAGCUUACUAAAAGGGAAAACUUUGAUGUAUUGUGCUUACAGGAAACUAAACUGCAGACUCUUAGCAGUCACAUUGAGGAGAAAGAUGUUGAAUCAAUCAAACACUCUCUUUUAGAGGGAUAUGAGAAUAGCUUCUGGACAUGCAGUGUUUCCAAACUUGGCUAUUCUGGUACAGCAAUUAUAUCCCAGAUAAAGCCGCUUUCAGUCAGAUAUGGCCUGGGCAUAUCAGAUCAAGAUAGUGAAGGUCAUCUGGUGACUGCUGAAUGUGAUACAUUUUAUUUGCUAAAUGCCUAUGUUCCUAAGUCUGGAGAUGGCUUGAGAAGGCUGCCAUACAGGAUUACAGAAUGGGAUCAAUCUCUUGGCAAUUGCAUGAAGGAGCUGGAAAAGUCAAAGCCUGUCAUUUUGACAGGUGAUCUCAAUUGUGCACAUGGAGAGAUAGACAUUUAUGACCCUAUUGGGAAUAAGAGGAGUGCUGGGUUUACAAAUGAAGAAAGGCAGUCUUUUGGAACAAACUUCAUAUCCCGGUGAAUUGUGGAUGCCUUUAGAAAGCAACAUCCUGAUGUUGUUGGCUAUACUUAUUGGGGUUAUCGACAUGGUGGCCGCAAAACAAAUAAAGGUUGGCGGCUAGACUACUUCCUCGUCUCAGAAUCCAUUGCUGACAAGGUUUACGAUUCAUACAUUCUUCCUGACGUUACCGGUAGUGAUCAUUGCCCUGUUGGCCUUAUACUGGCACUUUAGUUAGACCGUAAGUAUUUUAGUAUUGUUCAGACCACCGGAUGGAACCAACCCAAAAAACCAACUUCCAAGAAACUUGAUGGUGCGGACAGUUGGAAAAAGCAGAUGUAAGUGACCAUUUUGCUGCCCUAAUCCCAAUGAGAAAAACUGCUUCACAGCUUAACUUACGCUACCAGCUCUGGUUUUCUUUCCCCCAUGAACAAAUUUAUUAAAUAUUUUGCAAGGUCAUCUCCCAUAUGGGAAGGGGGUAUAACUUAAAUUUCCA